CACAUCCCAGUGAAUUGUGGGUUGCUGACAGAAACAAGACACACAAUAUCAGCCUGACGGCCUUGAAUGGCAGAGCAAACACUGUCUGUCCUGUUUGAUUUGCGUCUAUUGUAUUUGUGUUUAGGUGUGUGUGAUUCUUUUUGUACACUAUACUCAGACUUUCAGCUACAAAGAGCUCUUUGUGUGGCCGGCCUCUGCACAGAGCUGAGCUGUGAUUGGCUGAGAGCUCCGAGCUUACACGUGAUUGGUCAGGCAGCUUUUACAGGAGUCAAAUGGGGUUUGAUGCUGAAUUAAAACCAGUACGAGGUGCAAACACACACACACCUGCACAUGCUCGCUUUAACAUCUCCAGAAUGUCCGUCGCUGUGCGUAUAAACCAGCUAACCGUUAUACUUCUGUCUGUGCACCUCAUUCCAACCAAUCCGGUGGCGGAGCAAAGGUCACUUGGUAAAAGCAGAAAGCGUGUGAAUCCGGUCCUCCACACGGAUCCUCCUGCCCCAGACCCCAUCCGAGACACUCACCAGUACUGCAAUUACCCCAACCUCACCGAGCAUGGCUGGGAGGGUCACAGUCCGGCUGACUACAGGCUGCUGUCGGUACAUGUGAUGAUCCGGCAUGGAGACCGUUUCCCUCUGUACUCCAUCCCCAAAACCAAGAAACCCGCCAUUGACUGCGUCCUAUCAGACAAGCGAAAGCCCUCUCACCCCCUCUUGGCGUCCUUCAUUAGUCACAUGGCUCUCGGUGGGCGUGGUCACUGGGAUGCAUCGCUGGGAUCUCUGCCCCGAUUACCCAAUCACAGCACCUGUGAAAUGGGAGAGCUUACACAGACAGGAGUCGUACAGCACUUGAAAAACGGCGACCAUCUUCGCCAGGCCUACAUCAAGCGUCACAAUCUGCUCACUGCUGAUUGGUCGCCACGGCAGUUGUGGGUGGAGACUACAGGUAAAAGCCGCACCCUUCAGAGUGGAUUGGCCUUCCUCUUCGGCUUCCUGCCACGUUUCGAUUGGUCACGGCUGACGGUAAGACAGCAGUGGAGUACGCUGUUCUGCGGUUCCUCGUGCGACUGUCCCGCGCGCAACCGGUACCUGGACCAGGAGCAGCGCAGGCAGUAUCGGCAGAGGAUUGCAGACACGGAACUAGAGCGCACAUAUGUCACAAUGGCGAAGAUGCUGGGCGUGGCCACAAAAAUUCUGAGGGCGGCCAAUCCGGUGGAUGCGUUGUUGUGUCACUUUUGUCAUGGUCUCCCUUUUCCAUGCUCUAGCACACAGACUACAUCAAACACUCCGGAUGAGGGGGCGUGUCUUACACUACAGCACUUUGCUGUGAUUCGACGGCAGCAGAAAGAUGACGAACUGGAGCGGCGGGAGGCGGGGCUUUACCGCCGAUAUGCUGUGCUCGCGGCGCAUCCGUACCUCAACCGUACCGCAACGCAGAUGGAGAGGAUCGCCAAAACACGCAAAGGCAAGGAAGAGGCCGUCUUCGCUUUAGCAUCUGCUCAUGAUGUAACAAUGGCGCCUUUGCUAAGCGCACUUGGUCUGGAAGGGGCGGGAUUUCCAAAGUUUGCAGCACGGCUGGUGUUUGAGCUGUGGAACGGACCGGAAGCGAAAGAGAGAAAGAGUGAUAGAAAACGAGGAAAGUGGUUGGAGAAUAUGUUCAUUCGUGUUCUCUAUAACGGAGAGGACUUGACCUUUGACACAGCCUUCUGCCGUGACCACAAUCGACACUCUGCUCAGCCGCUGUGCCCUCUGGGUAAUUUCCUGUCGUUUGUGAGAAAUGAUAUGUUUAAUAUUGUCAACGCGACGAGUUACCAGCAGGCCUGCCACCAAAUUGUACUUUAAUAUGUGAACGUGAAUGAGCUAUCGUCAAUGAAAAAUGAGGAACAGGUAUGGUUUACCCAAAUAUUCUGGGAUUCUUCAAGUCAUUCCAAAACCAUAUGACUUUUAGUGGAAUGCAAAUCACAUAAUUUUGUUUAAUACUUAAUGAAUGCAAGACUUUCGAGCUCAAAAAUAAAGUUCCCUAAAUGCUCAUUUGAAUUCUGCACUGUAUUCCAAUGAGUUUGCAGGUGCUUUUACUGAAUGCUCUCAUUGUGUGAAUCAAGAGCAGAAAAUUUCUUCUUUUAUGUCCUGCUGAAGAAUGAAAAUCUGAUUUGGAAUAACAUGAAGGUAAAAAAAUAAAAAUAAACGACAUAAUUUUCA